CUCUGUGAUCGUAGGUAUUUGUAUAAAUAUUGUGUUCUGUACGUCCAUCGAUUCGUCUUGACAGAUUAAAUAACGCUAUGUAAAAGCUAAGUUUAGUUGGAUUCGAGUUUAUUUAAACAAAAAAAAAUCAAGCCAGUCGUACGUGUCAAUUAUUCAUUUAGUUUUUUUUUUAAAAUUUAAUUGCACUCCCGACCUCUAGGUAUGUUACAAAAUAUACAUAGGUUGGAAAAUUAUAGGUAUUGUCGUUAAAUUCAUUGUAAAUCCCAUAGAGUCAGUGAUUUUACAUUAAUGAAACCGUAAAAUACAACUACUUAUUUGAAAUAUUUAUUCAAUUUAUUAAUGAAAUAAAGAAAACUAUCAACUUAAAACUAGAUAUUUAUACUUGCUCUAUCGACUAUACCUAAUUGACGAACAAAAUAUGACUGCUCCAGAAGAAGACACUUCAUAUUCAAAGUUGCCCAUUGAAGAACGAUGUAUACACAAAUUGUGGAAAGCCAGGAUAAGUGGUUAUGAAGAAGCUGUUAAAUUGUUUGGACAAUUGGAUGAAAAAGAUCAUGAAUGGAACAAAUUUAAUGAGAUCAUAAAGAAGUUUGUUGUUGACAGUAAUGCGAUUGCGCAGGAAAAAGGCCUUGAAGCCACGUUGGCUUUUGUGAAAAACUCUGCUAUUGCUGGACGUUCGGCUGGAGAUGUCAUGGCUGGAUUGAUAACAAAAUGUUAUGGUGCUCCAAAAUCAAAAACUAAAGAUAUUGCUAUACAAAUAACAUUAAUGUUUAUUGAAAUUGAGAAGCAAGAUGUAGUAAUAGAAGAAUUAGUUAAAGGACUUGACCAUAAAUAUCCUAAAAUUGUUUCAACUUGUAUAAAAGCUGCGACUCAAGCAAUUAAAGAAUAUGGAUCAAAGGUCUUGAAUAUCAAGCCAUUGCUAAAAAAAUUACAAUCAAUACUUGAAGACAGGGAUAAAAGUGUUAGAGAUGAAGCAAAAUUGUUGGCAAUUGAAAUUUAUUCUUGGAUUGGACCCUCRCCAGUUAAAGCUAACUUAACGAAUCUAAAACCAUUACAAAUUCAAGAGUUAGAGGAGGAAUUUGAAAAAGUUAUUGGUGACAAGCCACGACCGAAACGUUUCUUACGUUCUCAACAAAUACAAGCUACUAAAAUAGAUGAAGUGGAGGCUGCAAAUGAAGUUGUGGAGUUGGAAGAGAACAUAGAUGAAGUUGAUAAUAUUGAAGAACAUAUCGAUCCAGUAAAUAUACUUUGUCAGUUAAAUAAAGACUUUUAUGAAAAGCUUGAAGCGAAGAAAUGGCAAGAACGCAAAGAAGGCAUAGAUAUGCUAGAAGGAGUAUUAUCCAAAGCUCUAAAAAUAGAAAGUGGAGAAUAUGGAGAUUUAGUGAGAGCUUUAAAGAAAAUUAUUACAAAAGAUUCAAAUGUUGUAAUAGUYGGAAUUGCUAUUAAAUGUAUGACUAUGUUAGCUAAUGGAUUAAAAAAACGAUUUGAAACUUAUGCUUCUAAUUGUAUACCAGCAUUGUUAGAGAAAUUCAAGGAAAAAAAACAAAAUAUUGUAUUGUCGCUUAGAGAUGCUGUUGAUGCUAUCUAUUUAAGUAUGACACUUGAAUCUAUUCAUGAAGAUAUUUUAACAGCAAUAGGCAAUAAAAAUCCAUCAGUAAAAGCUGAAUCAAUUUCAUUUUUAACUCGAUGUUUUAAAAAAUGUACACCGGCUAUUUUAAACAAAAACUUGUUGAAAAUUUUUACAACAGCAUUAAUUAAAACCUUGAAUGAAUCAGAUCCGAUUGUUCGGGAUAAUUCUGCUGAAGCUCUUGGUACUGCAUGGAAGGUUGUAUCAGAAAAAAAUAUUGUUUCUUUCUUGACCAGUGUUGACGCUAUAAAACUUUCCAAAAUUAAAGAAGCAGCAGAAAAGGCUAUUAUUAUUGCAAAACAACCAACUGUUGUCAAAGAAUGUAUAUCAAAACCUAAUAGUGUUUCAAAUAUUAAUGUAGGAAAAAAAGCAAUUGCUACAACUAAUAAAAGUGUUGCUUUAAAAAAAAAUCUUGCAACUAGUAGUAAAGCCAAAAAUCCAUCUGGUAUGUUUUUGUAAACAUAUCUGUAACACAGUAAUAUUUUAAUAUUAUAUGAAAUUUGUGAACCAUCAGGUGUUUCUAAAGUAUUAUCAUCAAAUAGUCAUUUUUCAAUUGAUAGUGAAAAAGAAAUCAGUGACGAUGAGUUGGAAGAAUUAGCUUUAACUUUUAUAUCCCCUGAAAUUUUAAAUGGCAUGAUUGAUGCAAAUUGGAAAACUCGUUUAUCUAAAGUUCAAGAAUUUUCUCAAGUAAUUGAUGAAAUAGAUUCAUCAAUAGUUAGCAGUCAAGUAUUAAUUAAAUUGUUGAUAAAAAAACCGGGUAUUAAAGACAAAAAUGUACAAAUUCAAAAGUUGAAACUAGAGUGUUUGAAAAAAGUUAUUGAGAAGUUUUCUAUAACCCGUACUAACAUGGAAUAUUGUAUACAAGAUGUUUCUUCAUUAUUGGGCGAUAAAAAUGGUAAAUUAGCUAGUGAAUUAUUAACUGCCUUUGCUGAUGCAUCUAGACUGGAUCUGGUUUCUAAUGUUGUAUUAAAAUAUGCAUUUUCUGUUCAAAAAAGUCCAAAAGUUCAGAUUGAUGCCCUCAGUUGGCUUUCAGGUGCAAUCUUAGAGUUUGGAUUUGACAUCACACCUAAAUAUGUAAUAGAGUAUGUAAAAAAAGGUAUUAGUGCUUCUAACCCUCAAGUAAGGGUAGCUGUUAUAUCUCUUUUGGGUGUUAUGUAUAUGUAUGUGGGCCCUCAACUAAGUUUGUUUUUUGAAAAUGAAAAACAAACUUUAUUGCAACAGAUAAAUGCAGAAUUUGAAAAGCGUCAAGAUGAAGUUCCUCCAAAACCAAUACGUGGAAAAAAAAGUAAAGGAUCUACUGAAUUAUCGAGUGAUGAUGAAAAGCCUGAUAAUGAAGUUAACUUACGAGAUUUUGUCCCUCGAGUAGACAUAACACCUCAAAUAACUGAUGCUUUGAUAAAUGAAUUUUCAGAUAGAGAUUGGAAGGUUCGUUCCAAUGCCUUAACUAAAUUGAAAAACAUUAUUACGGAAGCUAAAUUCAUAACUAGUAAAUUGGGUGAAGUAAGGGAAGCUUUGCAAGAUAGGAUAAGUGAUUCAAAUGCUCGCCUUGGUUCAAAUGCGAUCAAUUUAGUAGAACUAAUAACUAUAGCCAUGGGAUCAUCUUUUAAAGUUUAUAUAAAAGGCUUUUUACCUGGGAUAUUAAAUGCUUUAGGUGAUUCAAAGACAUUUAAAUGUCAAAGUGCUCGUCAAUGUAUGAAUACUUUUGGAGAAAUAUGUGGUUAUCGAGAAUUUUUUGGAGGUGAUGUAUUAUUGGAUGCAUUAAAAAACAAUUCAGUAACACUUCGAUCUGAACUAUGGACUUGGCUUGCAGAAAAAUUGCCUAUUAUUACUGUGAAGACAAUUCCGGCUGAUGAAUUGAAAUGUUUACUCCCUGUUUUAUACUCAAGUCUUGAAGAUAAAAACGCUGGUGUUCGUAGUGCCUCAGAAAAGGCUGUUCUUGGAUUUAUGAUACAUUUAGGUUAUGCUUCUAUGUAUGGUGCUUGUGAAAAAUUAAAGCCUAUGUCAGUCAAGUUGUGCAGAGAAAAAUUAGACAAUGAAAGACCUAACUUACCAAUUGAAAAGCCUAAAGUUGUAAAAACUUGUGUUCCUGGAAGUACUUUGGUUAAAUCAAAAGGUUCAAAAACAUUUGCAUCUAAAGCCAUUACAAAAGUAAAUAAGGAAAAUAUAAUUUCCCGUGCACAUGUGCCAACUGGAAAAAAUAUAGAAGUAGAUAAUAAAUCAUUGUUUCAACAAAAUAACUUAAAGCAUCAACGUGAUAUUGAUGAACAUAAAUUAAAGUCUUUAAAAUGGAAUUUUGUUACUCCCCGAGAAGAAUUUGUUGAACAACUACGAGACCAAAUGUCAACAGCCGGCAUUAACAAGGUGUUAAUUACAAACAUGUUUCAUUCUGAUUUUAAACAUCAUCUCAAAGCAAUUGAGUCUCUAUCAGAGGACUUUAAUACAGCAAAUGAUAAUUAUUUACCAUUAAUUAGUAAUCUUGAUUUAAUCCUGAAAUGGAUAACCUUAAGGUUUUUUGAUACUAAUCCAUCAGUACUUUUAAAAGGUCUUGAAUAUUUACAACACACAUUUAAUAUACUUAUAGCCCAAAAAUAUACUCUUCACGAUACUGAAGCAUCAAGUUUUGUACCGUAUUUAAUAAAAAAAUUGGGCGAUCCAAAAGAUGUAGUAAGGAACAAUGUCCGAUCAAUAUUAAAACAAAUUGCAUUUGUAUUCCCAAUUUCAAAGAUAUUUCAAUAUAUUAUGGAUGGAAUAAAAUCAAAAAACUCAAGACAGCGUUCAGAAUGUUUGGAACAUUUAACAUCCAUGGUAGAAGAUUAUGGUACUUCAGUGUUUCAACCAAGUGUUGCAGUUGCUUGUAAAGAAAUCGCUAAAAGCAUUGGAGAUAGAGAUAAUUCUGUUCGUACAGCAGCACUUAAUUGUUUUGUUGCUGCGUUCUUUUUACACGGAGAAGCACUUUUCAAUUUUGUUGGCCAUAUUUCUGAAAAAGAUAUGGGUCUUUUGAAGGAACGAUUAAAAAGAGCUUCAAAGAAUCGGGUCGUGCCUGUUGCCACUAUUCAGCCAACUAUGAAAAUUGUUUCACCUCCUGUUAAACAAGUGACUGAUGUAGAGGAAGACAUUGUUGAUGGUGAAGAAUAUACCUCAGAUUGUGAAGAAAAAAAUGCUAUACUUAAUGUAUCACAAGGAUUUAAUCAUGAACAAAAUUCACAAGGAAACGUAAACAAUUCACCUUCUGGUUCUGUGAAUUCUUCUUUUUGUACAUCAGAAACUAUUCCUACUACUGUAGAACAUACACCUACAUCAGAAAUAGAAUUCAGAAUKUCUAACGUUGAAAUUGGUGACAAAAAUCGUGUGACCCGAACUCGUUUUGCCUUAGACGAAAAAUUUAUUCAAGAAUUGGAUUCAGAAGUAAUUGAAACACCACGGCUAGUAUUAAAACCAUAUAACUGGACCACAGAUAAUGAUGAAAUAAACUUUGGAAAAAUAUUUCAAGAUAAAUCUCAAUGUUUAUAUUCUGAUAGUUUGUCAAUGUCUAAACCAUGUCUAAACGUAAAUCCAUAUACUACUGCAACUAUUAUAAAAAGUAAAAAUCCACUAAUCUCGAUUGAUCCUAUUACGCAGUUGAUAAAUCAAGUGACAUCAACGAAUUUAGAAACAUCAAAAGUUGCGUUAACAAAACUCGAUAAAAUGUUAACGGUACCAGAAACAAGAUUAAAGCUUUUAGAAGAUGGAAGAGUGUUGUCACUUUUUCAUGGAAUUAUUAGACAGUUAGAUGUAUUAUCUGAUUGUACAGACACUGUUAGAUAUAAAAAUAUAUUCCAUUUAUGUUUGAAUCUGUGUAAAUAUCAAGAAUUCAUGUUAAUAUUAACCGAACAAAUUGUACACGACUUACUUUUAAAACUGUUGUAUCUUCUAUCCACAAAGGAAAUAGAGAACAGUUCAGAUACUAAAAUGUUUUGGCAAUGUGUUAACAGUCUCAUUAUGAAAGUUCUUGAUCUGUGUGCUCAUACUACAGUCACAUGUGCUAUUUUAACCAUACUUCAUGAAACGGUCAAAAACCCUCAAAAUUCGACAGCUCAUUUUAAAGAAUUGGUAAUGAAAUGUAUAUGGAAAAGUACAAAAGAUUUUGAAAGGUGGGGUGAUGAUCUAUGUUAUGAACAAGUAUUUGAACGCAUACAUAAAUUUUUGGAAGAAAUUGAUUUAAAAUAUUGGAAUAAACAACCAUGCGACAUUCCAAUGAGAACAUGUAAAACUGUUUUAUAUACUAUGGUAAAAUUACGUAAUGAUAAAGUAUUGGAUAGUUUGGCCAAUCUAAAAUUGCCUAAAGAUUCAAUAAUGGUUAAUUACAUACUCAAGACUUUAAAGCAAUUAAGUAAUAGAUCAAAAUGGAAUAAUGGUAGACACAGAUCACUGCAUGAUGAACUAGCAGAUAUAUUCAAAUUAAUAGGACAACAUGAAAUGAUGGACGAAGCUGUACAAAAAUUAUAUGAAUUCAAAAUUAAGCAUCCAGAUAUAGACAUAUCGCCGUACAUUUCUAAGAAGACAAAAUAUUUUCAAGAUUGUAUUCACCGUCGGCUAUCAGCAAUCAAAGAUAAUUUUAAAAGCGAUCCAGUCGAACACAAUGGAAUCUAUGACAAUUCCAAGCUACUUGUACUGCAAAAAUCUGAGUCUGCUGCCACUAGUGAAGCUGACGGUUUCAUGAAACGGUUGCAAACAUUAAAAAUGAAAGCGUCUUUAGCCUGUGGUGCAUCGGUUGGAAAACUUAAUAGUUGGUAUUGUUCUCAAGCAAAUGGUCCAGUAUUGUCGAGUCUUAACACAACUCCAUUAACGCUGAAAACCUACGGAAUAUGGAUGCUAUUAGUUUGUUUAUUUUUGUGUACUAUAUUUACCACAAUUUCAUACAAUUAUAAUUGAACAAUCGGCAUUUGCGUGUUUUGUAUGCAUCUUCUCUAUUUUGUAUUUUGUGAAAAAUUUGGCUUGUUGCCAACAAUAGAGAAUUUUUAUUUCAUUUUUAUAUAUAUUUUUU